AUGUACACAUUGCAUAAAAUUUUGUCAAGAGUCUAUUUAGGAGAUUAUGAAGCUGCCUCUGACCUAGUACUUUUAAAACAUCAUGGGAUAACACAUAUAUUAGUUGUAGGUGAUGGUCUAUCUCAAAAAUUCCCUGAUCAUUUUUCAUACAUGCAAUUGAGCAUUUAUGAUCUCAAUUCUUCGAAUUUACUGGAACAUUUUGAUAGGUGUAAUGAAUUUAUUCGUCAAAGUAUCGAAAAUAAAGGAAAAGUGCUGAUACACUGUGAUACUGGAAUUUCAAGGGCUCCAACCAUUGCGAUUGCUUAUGUUAUGGCAAGUAAACAUUUCUCAUUUGCGCAUGCGUUAGAGUUUUUGAAGAAAAAACACCCAGAAACUCAACCGAAUAAUAAUUUUGUGACACAAUUAAAUCAAUAUCAAGCUAAACUUCUGAAGCAGUCGGGGUUCGACAUUGUGAAAAAUGAAGUUUGUGGAUGCUCAAUUUUUUAA